AUGACGAAAGUAAGAAAUAUUCAGGAGACUCUCCUGCAUCUGUAUCAUAGAAAAAAAGUGAAUUUAUUGUUAAAAAUCAAGAGAACAGAUGAUUCUUGCCGUUAUUAUCAUAAGGUGCAAUAUAAAGAAUUAGCAGUGAAAUAUCAUCAACUUUUUUAUGAACUUCUUCCUGACUGGUUUCUAUACAAUUACGAAGAUCAUCGUCAUAUACGACAAAGAGUUGAAUUUGCGCUAUGUGAUCCUCACGAUUUUGACAAAUAUAAGAAAAUAACUAACGAUUAUGCAGAUAUAUCAACAUUUCAAGAACACGAUAAAGAGAUACAAGGAAUUAUUAAUAAGAUAUAUGAGAAAAUUACAUUUAUCAAGGAGUUUUGGACAGAUUAUUUGGAGAAUAAUACAUUACCAAUACGCAUGAUGGUUCUACCACAAGAUGAAACCUAUCAAAUGCUAAAGUCACCUGCCUGUAGUCCUGUCACAACUACAGAUUUAGAUAGCCGCGCUAUGAGUGGAGGGUGGACCAUUGGACGAAGUGUAGACAGAUUAGUAGAUCUGAGUCAGCACAAAGAAUCUAUAAGUCCUAUUAAUGACAAUGCUUUGGCAGCAUAUUUUAGAAUAGCCAGCUUGGCUUUAAGUGUUGGUAUAAAUUGUGGAACCAUACUUCUAUCAAAAGCUAUCGCCAACGGGUCUUCUAUUAGUAAUGUAGCCAAAAUAGCCUACAAUUCACUGCUGAUAAGUAAUCUCUCCAUCAGCAGCCUUGGCAUAGCUUAUGAAGGAUAUCGUUUAAUUGAUCAAUACCAGACGAAAAAGGAGAUUAACAUUUUUAAUGCGAUGUUGUUCAGUUUGCAUGUUCUAUUUUUCAGCAAUUCUCUAAUAUAUGCCAAGGUCGCUGGUAAACUUAUAGGAACGUCCAGAGGCAUCACUUUGAUAGAUCCUUUUGCAGUAGCACAAGAAUUGUUAACCAAUGGCGUGAUAUCUAUUUCACAGCCAACGUCAUCACCAUACAAUAAAAAACUCGUCUAUCCUAUGUCAAAUCUUAAGAUGAUUUUUGAAAUUGUCAUAAAAAUGGUGCAAAUUAGCUCAGAUCCUGCAAAUUGUCUGAUGCUGUUACGUUCUUGUGGAAGUAUUGCAAGGCGAAUCUUAAAGAAUGUGCCGUGGCGAGGUCUGCCCCUCUGAAAACGAACGAAGCACUGUACGAAUACUUAACUAAAAUUAUUACUAGCUUAUUUAAUUUCGCUGAUGAAUUAGUCUAUGAACUGCAUUCUUGUUUUUCUUCGUACAUGACAAAUGGUAAAAGAAACGCUUAAAAUGACCAUAGAGACACUAAAUUUACAAGUACACUGUAAUUAUACAGUAUCUUUUUAGGGUGCGCGGGUAUCCGAGACCCGGGUCAGGUCGAGCAGAAUCUCGAAAGUUUGUUCGGAUAUCAACCCGAUCCCGUAGUUUCGGGUACCCGCAUACCUCUGAUAUUUUUAUAUUUAUAAAAGAGUUACUACAUGCUUUAACAUUAAGAUGGUUUCCUAUGUUUAACUUUUAUAUUGUCAAAAGUUUGUAGAUUGAGAAAAUAAACAAAUGCAAGUUGCUACAAU